AUGGCAGUUAUGUUGUUUCAGAUUCUCAAUGCCAAAAGGCUACUACAGUGGUUAGGUCUUGGAGACACGCGUGAUGCACAUCAACCUUUCCCAACCUCCACGAAAAUUAUCAAAAUACCUCCGCGGCUCACCUACUACGAGCUAUUGUGUGGCGGUGCUGUAGGCUGGGUCUACAGGAUCGACUGUCGCAUUGUUUUGAAAUAUCCCGUUCGCCCAAACAGCGAUGGGUUUAACAGGGAAAUGGCAUUCUUCGAUAUCCUUGAGAAACAUGAGCCGUGUCCCCAUAUCGUCCAGUCGUUUCUACGUGUUUCGGAUGGCAUCUUUCUGGCCUUUAUGGGCGGUGGCUCCCUCCACCACCGGCUGGAAACCCACCAGAGAAGGUCCGCCGAUGGGAGAAGGGUCGAACAAGUAGUCUCAACCGAACCUCACUAUCUGGUCAAACAAUGGUUGAUGGAGCUUUGCAAAGCAGCGGCUUGGUUGGAGUCUCUUGGAUAUGUGCAUGGCGACAUCCGGCCUCCAAAUUUGCUACUUGACAACCAGGACCACCUGAAGCUGGCAGACUUUGACUGUGUACAACUCAUUGGAACCUCAUUAGAAGGUGGUGCUGCUGCUCCCUGGGCACGAGUGCUGGGUGCUGAAUAUGGGAGCGAAGAGGGCUCUUUCGGCACCUGCGGCCCUCGAACGGAACAGUUUGCCAUCGGAUCUAUUCUUUACUGCCUAACCCGAGGACAUGAACCUUAUGAAAUGGACCACUUCGACGAUGACGCAGAGAAGGUUACUCUUUUCAAACAUAUGAUGUUUCCCCCAUUAAGUGAUAGUCACUUUGAUACAAUCAUUGAGAGGAGCUGGAAAGGGGAGUUCGCUCGUCUUAAAAAUCUGUCUGAAGAGGCAAAUUCCCUGUGCUUUGAAAAGGAUCAGCCACGGUCAGCUUCUUUGACUGUUGAAUAUUGUUCAGAUAUUCGGAGGGAAUGCCAAUCCUUGGUGGACCGUGGGCUACUAGUGUUUACUUGA